AAUUAAUUAAACCUUUUAAUGUUGAAAAAAAGAUCAUAAUUAUAACAACUGGAUCUAGCUGCUCCUAAAAAGCAGACUGCUCCUUACAAGCAAUUCUUAUAAGAACAAUUAGCAAUAUAACAUCUCAAAUAUCCUCAAAGAUCCACAGAUGAAUUAACUAAAUUGAUAAAUCUUAUGUGGAAGGUGAGAGAAAAAAAGAAUAAUCAAUUGUAUUUUUAGCACAAUGGAUACGUGAACAUCAGUGAGACAGAAAGGGUGCCUGUUCCUCAGCCCCCUCCUCCGGUGUUGAUAAUGUUUAAAAAUUAUAUAAUGUGAAAAA